AUGCUCGCCCCAGACAUCCCAGUCCUUAAAGAGCCCAAGGCCUUCACCCUUGAGCUGAUCACCCAGGAGCAGGAGGAGGAGAGGCCCUGUGUGGGGACCCUGCACUGGCUCUCAGCAGGGAGCAUGGUUUCUUUUGCAUUGUCUGCUGCAAGUGCUGGGUCGGAUGAGCGCGGUGACGUCAGAGUGCGGGCGGCGGCGGCAGCGUUUCUCUGUCCCGCCCCCAAGGAGCCGAAGCGGCUGCGGGCGGUCCCCGCGGUGAAGACCAGCCUGUGCGCGGGACGGAGAGGCGACCCCGGCCGGCGCUGGCGGUCCAAAGCGGGGUCGGCGGCGGGGGCGGCAUGCGGCCUAGUCACGCAGAGACUGUGCCUGGUGGAGGACAAGGCUCGGCCACUGGACGUACGGAUCCAACUCUUCAGAUGCUACCAGAUGGAGAUGGAUGGAGCCACACUGAGGGACGCCUUUUACAACCAGCUACCCAGCGCUGCACUCCCCGGGGCCGGUCCAGUCACACGGCAACUGGGGCCGUUCCCCAUGGGGCGGUGCCUGGGCCCUGCCAGGUCCCAGGACAGGGCACUCUCCUAUCUGCGUUCCUCGGCGACCCUGAGAAUGAGGUGCCUCUCGGAGGACUCUGGCCUUGUGGAAUUUGGUUCUUUAAGGAGUUCUGUGACUGACCCAGACCCUUGCUCCGGGGUGGAGGGGUUUUCCAUGUGGCGGAAAGACGGAAGGGUUUGGCACCUGGUUUUGAGGUUUAGCCCCAGCCAAUGGGAACCGCUAAUGGCCUGUUACCCGGGGGACGCCUGGAUUCCAGCAACCAUGAAGGGACAGCGCUGUCCAAUGGGGGUCCUGGGCUGCUCUGUAUCCGUGCAGAAUUGCCUGAAGACCUUGGAGGAAAUGCAGAUUCCCAGAAGCCACAACCCUGAAGUAGUGAGCAGCUAGAGGCACAUGGACCACCUUCUGGUAACAUCCAUGGAGCGGUUAUGCACGUGUUCCAGAGCAGCAGAGUCACUGAGACUAUUUCACAAGACUGAGCAUAGAGGAAGCUUACUGAAAAGAUGCAGCUUUAAAGGAAAAAGAAGAUUUUGGCCAAAAGUCUUCAGGGAGAUGGAAGUCCUGAGCCAGCCUCUGCCCGAUUCUGACUGCACAGAUGUACAUCUUUGCUUCACUGCCUUUCCUUCUUCAUGAUGGUCGUGUGCAGAUUGACCUCAUCUCAAAGCCUUGACUUCCCUCUGCCCCAGAAUCUCUUGCUUAUUGGAGCCUUCAGCAUCUCUCUGAGAAAUAAAAAUAGGACUCACUGUG